GCCUUCGCUCGGGUUCAACACCCAACGGCGUCACCCCGCGCCCGCCAGAGCUGAGGGACCCCCGGCGGGGGGUCGCUGUGGGGCCCGUUCCCGCCGCCCGGCGCCGGGGUCGAGCCUUGCCGCGGCUGGGUUGGUCGCCGGUGGGCCGAGCCUUCGGUCACUGGGGUGGGAAGGCAUGGAGCGGAGCGUGGAGAUCCGCAUCGCCAACAAAACCCAUGAUGUCACCUUCCACAGCCCCAGGAGCUACUGCUUCAGCGGCUACAGCUCCAACCCGCCGUGCCCCAGGAUCCCACCGGGUGCCACGGAGAGUUGCCAGUUCACCAACUCCAUGCUCCGUUUCCGGGGGAGCGUGGGGCUCCUGGUCUACGAGGCGGACACCUUCACCUUGGCCAUCCUCUUCUCCAACCCCUUCGACUACAACCUGUAUUCCGUGGAGUUUGCCGUGGAGAUCUCCAUGCACAAAGCCCACCUCAAGGACCUGCAGAACAUCUACAAGAGGAUGUACAACGAUCAACCCGCCAGCACCGGCAACGAAACCAUGCUCCACCGAGUCAAGCUGGGCGCGUGCCAGGAGCCCGUCAUGGUCUCCGCUGGCCAAGUGAAGGUCAUGGCCACCAUGUCCAACGCUAGAAAGUCGAUCAUGAGAGUCAUCAUAAACGGGCAAGAGGAUUACACUGCCUAGAUCCGGAGGAGGCCCCACCCACCAUGGGCCGGCGUCAAGGGAUGGGCGUACCUCCUCCGUGUCCAUGUACCCACCAGGCAGAACCUUCUGCCCUCAAUAAAGAGUUGGGCAAAGCCAA